UAUUAUCCUCUGUAUUGACAAACAGAGCGGCCGCGGCGGAGACUCUCGGCGUGUACUGGUAGCCAAGACAUGGGAGACAAGAAGAGCCCCACCAGGCCGAAGCGGCAGCCGAAACCGUCCUCGGAUGAAGGUUACUGGGACUGUAGCGUCUGCACCUUCCGGAAUAGCGCCGAGGCCUUCAAGUGCAUGAUGUGCGAUGUGCGGAAGGGCACCUCCACCCGAUCCACAUUCUUUGAAGUUAUUGUGAAUGCCUCGAGGACCAAGGAACCGUUGAAAUUUCCAAUUUCAGGAAGGAAGCCUCGACCUGUCUCCCAGUUGGUUGCACAGCAGGUUACUCAGCAGUUUGUGCCCCCUACACAGUCAAAGAAGGAGAAAAAAGAUAAAGUAGAAAAAGAAAAAUGUGAAAAGGAAACAACUAGCAAAAAGAACAGUCAUAAGAAAAGCAGGCCAAGAUUGAAAAAUGUGGAUCGGAGUAGUGCUCAGCAUUUGGAAGUUACCGUUGGAGAUCUGACAGUCAUUAUUACAGACUUUAAGGAGAAAACAAAGUCACCGCCUGCAUCUAGUGCUGCUUCUGCAGAUCAACACAGUCAGAGUGGCUCUAGCUCUGAUAACACAGAAAGGGGAAUGUCCAGGUCAUCUUCACCCAGAGGAGAAGCCUCAUCAUUGAAUGGAGAAUCUCAUUAAAGUUUAUUUUCUCCAAUUUCUUAGUCACUUCUGUCCUACCAUGCAAAUAAAUACACAGAUUAUGCCAAGAAGUACCACAUUUUCAUGACUAACACAUUCAUGCACAAUCCAUAAUUUGAGUUUUACAUAAAAUAGAAAUUUGUUAGAAUCUGUUAGAUUUUAUUGCAAUCUAUGCCUACAAAACAUUUCCAUCCUUAACAUUUUGGUCUCUGCAGUUAAGUGCCAUGAAAAUGUGGUUGAAUUAUUCAUUAUGCAGUGUUAUUGGUAAGUCUGUUUUCACUUUUAGUUUAGUGAAUUCUAACACAUAAUUCUUGAAUUCUCUACUAUUGGCAUGUAACGACUUUAAAUUUUUUAUAACAUAGUGCAAGCUGCCUAAAUAUGUAUUUGAGAAUUGUGAAACAAAUAGUUAUAUGUAUACAAGUCAAAGAUCAACUUAAUCAACUAUUGCUGCAACAGGAUUUUCUUAAUGGUUAUCCUCUUAAAUACACCUGCUGGUACUUGGUGUGGUUAAAUAGGAAAAUUAUUACUAAAUAAAGAAUUUGUAUGAACCUUUGCCAAUGUUUUUGACACGUUUUACUAAAUUAUUGUUUCUGAAUUAUGUUUCUGGUAUUAUCCAUUUUUUGGAUUUGUUUGCUUAUUUUUCAAAACAUUCAUUUAUUGUAAUGUUUACUAGCAGAUUAGUAAACAAUAAAACAUUGAUUAUUUAGCUUUGUAUAAUUCAGGUUUAGUGCUAUUGUCAUUGAACACUGGUAUUUUCUGUAUUAUAUAAAACAUUAAAAUUCAAAUAAUUAUAAGCAUUUGGCAAAAACAGAAUAGAAAAGAAACUUGCCAUAUUUUAAAAGCUGCAAUUUUAGAAAAGCUUUAACUUAAUGAUAGUUUUAUCACUGUUUCCUUGUCCCAGACUUAUCCAGGGUCAUAGAAGUAUGAAUCUAAAUACAGAAAUGGUAAUUGUUGCACAGAAAUGAGAAAUAACUAAUCUUAAAUCAGUUUAAUUGGCUUCUUAUUAAAUAUAACAAUUCUUAUGAAAGUCAUAGUACCCUAUUUUCAGACACAACUGCCAGCUUAUGCAUUUAUCAAUAUCCUCAAAAAAAAAGUAUUUACAGCCCCACUCAAUAUUAUGUAAAAUUACCAAUAAAAUAUUUUUAUGACUACAGAUUUUGCAUUUUUGUUUACAACUAAUAAAGUGUUUUAUGUUGUACUUAAAAAUUCAACCUGGAAACCACACAGUACUUCUGAAAUUCUCCUAGGGUCUCCUGCUUUCUCUUAACCAUUUGCUUAUUAUAUAUCCACCUUUAGGAGACUUCUGAAAUGUAAAUGAACUUAUUAUAAAAAUAUAACUUGAAUACAAAAUAUCACAUAAAAGACAUCAUGAUAACAUUUGAAGAAGAAAAUAAAACUGUAGACCCUGACAGUUGUGAUAUUUGGUGGUUUCACGUGGUAAUGUAAUUUUCUGUUUAAUUCAAGUACUUUUUACAGGCACAAUGGUACUGUCUUUUUUGUAAGAUGCUAGUUGUGAAAUAGUUAAUUGCAUACAGUAAAAGUCUGUGAUUAAAACAUUUAUAUACCUCA